AUGAAGCGCCACUCCAGACAGCUUUUUAUUCGUCUCUUGUCAUUCUUCGUACUAGCUUCGCUAAUCUUAUGGAUGUUUGUUUCAAUUGGAUUCUUUACUGGCAAGACAAGAGACGAACUUGAGGAUGCGGUUAUUGAGCGAAGCCCAAUCCUCGUGCACAGCUUUUGCGGGAAAUUUAAAACUUGUUACAAGAUCAUUGAUACGGCGAGGAGAAAUGGUGAAACGUUUGAAAUUUGGCGUGAUAUGGUACCGGAUGAUUUAACUGAUGGCACGUUGACAAGAGUUUGGCUCUCACCACCAGUUGACUUGAGCUUCAAAAACGUUGAUACGUCAAGAUGGAAUGUGAAUAAACGAGUGAUGGUGACCCCUGUUAUGAUGUACAUGAUUACAAGUGGAUACAUGCUUGAGAUUUUGAAUUACCACUCACUCAAUCAAAUUCUCACGUUUGGUCUUGGUGGUGGAGCUCUGCAGCACUACGUUUCACAGCUUGAUUUUCAGUUUAAUCUGACAACUAUUGAAAUUGAUCCGAAUAUUAUUGAGGCUAGUCAAAAGUUCUUUGACUUUGAGGAGAAUGAGAAUAACCAUGUGAUAGCAGCUGAUGGAAUUGUUUUAUCCGAGAGGCUAAAAGAAGAAGGUUUCACUUUCGAUUUCAUCAUUUUGGAUGCAUCGACAACCGGUGAUGCCUCAAAAGAGCUCAUUUGUCCGAUUGAAGAAUUUCUUGGUGAAAAGAUUAUCAGCACAAUGUCGGAGCUAGUUAGUCCAAAAGGUGGAAUUGCUGUGAACAUUUAUGCUUUAAAGAAUCAGAAGAAACACGAAGAAAGAUUAAAGUCAUUAUUCGCACAGCAUUUUGCCUCUUGUCUUUUACUACGUUAUUCGGAAGAGCAACAGUUAUUGGUUUGUUCUCAUCGAGACGGAUGGAAUUGGGAAAGUGGCAGGCAAAGGCUCUUCAACAAUCUACUGAUUCACGAGAAAAGAAUUGGGAUUCCUAUUGCUGAGAAUUUAAUGAAACUAAAU